AGUGGUGUUGCUUUGGCGGACUUCCCACUGACACGCAUCAACCGGGCUUUAGAUCUGUUCUUCAUCGAACCGGGUACACUUAGUGUAUUGUUUGGUUUUAUCGGUUUAUGAUUUUCCAUUUACUGAGUAGGUUAUCAGCGAAGGUGCCGAGCGUUGUGUACAGGGCCGCAUUGAUCAUGAAGCCGCAGGUUGUGUUCGUGUUGGGAGGGCCUGGGGCGGGGAAAGGGACCCAGUGUGCCAGAAUCGUUGAGAACUACAGUUACACUCACCUGUCUGCCGGAGACCUGCUGAGGGCCGAGCGAAGCCGAGAGGGGUCAGAGUUCGGACAGCUCAUUGACAGUUAUAUCAAGGAUGGCAAGAUCGUCCCUGUCGAGAUCACCAUUAACCUACUCAGGAAGGCCAUGGAGGAAACCAUGGAGAUGGACGAGAAGAAGUUCCGCUUCCUCAUCGACGGCUUCCCCCGAAAUGAAGACAACCUCCAGGGGUGGACCACUGUCAUGGAAGGGAAGGCUAACGUCAAAUUUGUGCUUUUCUUCGACUGUACUAGUGAGGUCUGUAUCGACCGAUGUCUAGAAAGAGGGAAGAGCAGCGGGCGCACCGAUGACAACAGAGCGAGCCUGGAGAAAAGGAUCCAGACAUACCUGCAGUCGACACGGCCUAUCAUCUCACUGUAUGAGAAACAGGGCAAGGUGCGCACCGUGGAUGCCUCGUGCGGUGUGGACGAGGUUUUUGACAACGUCAAAGCCAUCCUGGACAAAGAGGGUUGAAAUCCCCGCCAACUGCCAACAACUGUAACAUUCACAGUUUUGUUUGUCUUUGUAUCAGCUGCAGUAACACUAUACAUGUCCAUUCAAAUUACUUUUUACAUUUAAAAAAAAAAAAAACUUUUUUUUUUGUCAGUGCCGAGCUGCUCUUCCAAGGGUGUGAUUGAAUGUGUGUGUAAGAGUGAAUAAGAUGGGUAGUAAGAUGCUCUACUGACCAACCGCACUGGGUUUCACUACGGUAGUUGUACACCAACUGACAAGCCUGUCAUUGUAGUCGUGGGGCUUUGUAUAGGGACAAGACUAAUAGAAUUGCUCUUAGCUUGGCGAGGCACUUAUUUUUGUUGUCAAGCAGAGGCAUAUACAGUACUGUAUGUUAAAUUAAUGUUUUUUUUUUUGUGAUCAAAUCUGCGUACACACCAUUGUUAGCUGUUCCCUAAGCGAAAACGUUCAUUUUCACUGACCAACCACUUCUAUGGGCUAAAUCAGAGCUCUCCAACCCUGUUCCUGGAGAGCUACCAUCCUGUCCAUUUUCACUCCAACCCCAGUUAUAACUAACCUUAUUCAGAUUAUUAACCAGCUAAUUAGAUCAGGGUUGCACCCAGGGGGGGCGCCAGGACUGAGUUGGGAAACCUUGUGUUAGAUUAGGGUUGGACUGAACCUACAGGACGAUAGAGCACGAGGAACAGGUACUCAGAAAUGAAAAUUGUCUUAUGAACUUCCCCUGUGUACUAAUAAAAUAUAAAAAGCACCAGUCUCAUGUUGGAAGAAAUAUGAACAGCGGUCCCAUAGGACCACAGGGAAUCGAGUCACAGCAGCCAUGAUUGCAGUAUUACAAAUUUGUGGAUUAAACUGGCAGGGCAACGAUAGUUGUUACUGCACAUACGGUGUGGGACCAAUUUUGAACUUAAACUUGUGAAAUCAAGUUUAAACUUGGGACUAUCUGCAAGUUUGUGUCACUGCACAUGAAAGAGUCUUUGGUGUUCUCCCGAAUGCUGAAAUACUGACAUGUUUUGUCGCCCCAUGUAGUGUGGCUGAAAAUGUGAAGUCCAAUGCUUACUUUGUUCUCCAACAAGGACUUGGCUGUGUUAUGUAUGCGUCAUUACAAAAGUGCACAAAGAUCAGCUCCCGACAGUUAAGUUUCUGUUGUGUGUUAUUUGUUAAAUCUUUGAUUAUGCGACAAAGGACCAGUUUUGUCAAAUCGGAGUAUGUUGCCAUGUAAAGUGGGAGAAAUCGUCAAAUACAAACAAACCAAAUAUA